AUGAACAUUGGCGGAGGAAAAUUUUUACUCGGGAGGGUAUCAAAUAAUCCAACUUCUGGGAUAGUGGGGCUUGCUAAUGUUGGUAAAUCUACUUUUUUCCAAGCAAUAACAAAUUCUAAAUUGGGCAAUCCUGCAAACUAUCCAUUUGCUACCAUUGACGCAGAAUGUGCCAAGGUCAACAUACCUAGCGCGCCACUCUCUAAUUUAUUGAGAAUAUAUCAGAGUGCGAAAAGUGUACCUGGAACUCUCACAAUAUAUGAUAUUGCCGGGCUUACUAGAGGUGCAUCUCAAGGCCAUGGUUUGGGUAACAAGUUUUUAAAUGAUAUCAGGCAUGUAGAUGGCAUAUUUCAAGUAGUGAGAGGGUUUCUAAAAGAAGACAUCACACAUAUAGAAGGUAAUGUUGAUCCAGUCAGAGAUUUAUCCGUGGUACAAGAUGAACUCAUCUUGAAAGACUUGGAAUUUCUGGAAAAUAUUAGGGAAAGACUGAAUAAGAAGAUGAGAAUGGUUUCAAAAACUUCUAAAGAAUAUCAAGAAAUGAAGGUAGAGAAAGAGUUGCUGGACACGUUAGAGGAACAUUUGUUCAAUGGUAAAAAAAUUCGGCAUUUUAAAGACCAUUGGAACCUAGACGAGGUCAAAAUUUUAAAUAAGCACAACUUUCUAACUUCCAAACCAACUUUGAUAUUGCUGAAUGUUUCACCUCAAGAUUAUGUUAGAAAUGAAAAUAAGUUUGUCAAGCAUAUUAUAGAAUGGAUUAACGAAUUUUCGCCAGGAGAUAAAUUCCUACUUUUCAGCGCAGAAUUUGAAUCGCAAUUUAUAGAAUGUAAAGGCAUAGCAUCAGAGUAUUUUGACAGGAUCAAGGAAGAUACAAACGCUUCUGAUGUACAGUUAGUUUCUGCAAUACCGGAAAUAAUACUAGAAAUGAGAAGGUUGCUGAACUUAAUUAGCUUUUUUACAUGUGGCCCACAAGAAGUUCAUCAAUGGAACAUAAGAGAGGGAACCACUGCUCAAGAGGCUGCAGGCGUAAUCCAUAGUGACUUUCGUGAUACAUUUAUUAGCGCUGAUGUAAUAAAAUAUGACGAUCUGAAGACUAUGGAACCGCCAUUAAACGAGUCUUUACUAAAAUCUAAAGGACUGAUCAAACGUGCGGGCAAACAAUAUAUCAUGCAUGAUAAUGACAUUGCUCUAUUUAAAGCCGCCGGUGGUAAAAAUAAGAAAUAG